AUGAUUGAAACGCUGUUGAUUGUGACCUGCAUUCUCAGCUAUGCAUUUGUUGUGUACCUGAAGCUCAGGGAGUUGAGGAAACUAUCGAAAAAGCCAUCUGAAACCUAUCUUAAGCUUGCAAGCAUUGAGCAGAUAGAAAAGACAAAGGAGUAUAACAGAGAUAAACAAAUUAUGUCUAUAUUUGAGCUUUCUGUUAUGCUUGUGAAGGACAUAUACUUUAUAUGGAAUAAGGUUAUACCUGAAAUGUACAACAUGUAUAUGAUUGACAAGUGGUAUUGGGACAUAUCGUUUGUGAUAGGAUACAUGUAUGUGCAGAAGAUGUUUGAGGUUCCGUUUGAACUGGUUUCGACAUUCUAUAUAGAAGCAAAACAUGGAUUCAACAAGACUACGGUGGUUGAGUUUUUCAAGGAUAUUGUCAAGACGAUGAUGGUGAUGAGCGUUAUCAUUGGGCCUUUUUCGUAUGUGGUUCUGACUAUUAUCAGAAGAUACUAUGAGAGAUCGUUUUACAUUUACCUGUGGGUGGCGGUGGCAGUUUUCCAGAUUGUGCUGGUUGUUGUGUAUCCGAUUGUGAUACAGCCAUUGUUCAACAAGUUUGAGGAGAUGAAGGAUUCUGAGUUGAAGACAAAGAUAACGAAGCUUGCAGACAGAGUGGGAUUCCGUGCAAACAAGAUACUGGUUAUGGAUGCGUCACUCCGAUCGGGACAUUCGAAUGCAUAUUUUGUUGGGAUAAUGAAGGAGAAGCGGGUUGUUAUAUAUGACACUCUGUUGACCCAGGUCGAUGAGGAAGAGAUUCUUGCGAUUCUGUGCCAUGAGUUUGGGCAUUGGAAGCAUGGACACACAUUGAAGAUGAUUUCGUUUGGGCUUCUGGUGCAGCUGCUGUAUUUAUAUUUGCUGAAUGUUCUCUUAAGGUACCAGGAUAAGCAUGGAAUGGUUGGUGUUGAGAUGCCACUGAUAAUACGGUGCCUGUAUUUUUUGACGUGUAUUUCUGCAAUGAGUGUUCCGAUUGACAUACUGGGAAACUGUGUGUCAAGGUACUUUGAGCGGCAGGCAGACAGGUUUGCAGUAGCGCUUGGAUAUGGCAAGGAGCUGCGUUCUGGACUUCUGAAGCUGUAUGAGAAGAACAAUGGAAACAUGGAUCCUGACCACUUGUAUGCAGCAGUGGUUUACAGGCAUCCUACAGUGAUUGAGAGAAUCAGGCUGAUUGAUGGUGAGAUGAAUAAAUCCAAGUGA